AGCCCAAUUAAACACAUCUGAGCUCUACCAGUACUCAAGAUAAUACUCGACUACUCAAGAUUAUUGAAAUACUACCCACUUAUAUUUGGGGAAAUAUCGUAUUUUAAUCAUGGUUUGCGGACAUAAUUUAUUGAUUGAUAAUGAAAGCCUGUAGCCCGCCCAGUCGGCUUUGUCUGUUCCUUCUACCAUCAUACGAAGUAUUUUCGUAUCCUUCAAAAUAUUUAUUAUUGAGAUACUCUGGCCUGCUGUCUUCCGUGCUUAUUUAUUUUCUUGCUUCCCGUCCGCUUUCCGUUUUCUUUUAUUCUUUCUUGUCUCCUUUAUCCAACAGAUUUUAUCACACUCCACACAUUAUAAGUGCUGAUUUAUGUUCAUCUAAGGUGGUUGAAUACUAGAUUAAGUUGAGGUUCUUGAUUAUUUAAUUACUUUUAGUUGGUGAACUGAAUUGGUAGAGCUUUUGUAAUAACUGCAUUAAUGGAGAGCACUACAAGUAGCAGAUUCAAGAAAAUUUGUGUCUUUUGUGGAAGCAACCCAGGCAUCAGAAAAGUGUUUAGUGAUGCUGCUGUUGAGUUGGGGAAUGAACUGGUGCUUAGGAAGAUAGACUUGGUCUAUGGAGGUGGAAGUAUUGGUUUGAUGGGGUUGAUCUCACAGAGAGUGUAUGAUGGGGGCUGCCAUGUUCUUGGGGUGAUUCCCAAAGCACUUGUACCAAUAGAGAUAUCUGGCAAAAGCGUAGGAGAUGUCAAAAUUGUUCCCAACAUGCAUGAGCGCAAGGCUGAGAUGGCUCGACAGGCGGAUGCUUUUAUAGCACUUCCUGGAGGAUAUGGUACCAUGGAAGAGUUACUCGAAAUGAUAACAUGGGCUCAACUUGGAAUUCACAAAAAACCGGUUGGUUUGCUCAAUGUUGAUGGGUACUAUGAUUCUUUGCUGGCGUUAUUCGAUAAUGGAGUUGCUGAAGGUUUCAUCAAGCCAAGUGCUCGCCACAUUGUGGUUUCUGCACCCACUGCCCGGCAUCUUUUGCUAGAGAUGGAGAAGUACACUCCUGCACAUGAGGAUGUCGCUCCUCAUGAAAGCUGGCAGAUGGAGCAUUUAGCUAACUAUCCACAAGAACAAAUUCUCAAAUGAAGUUCAUGCACCAGCUAUGGUCUACAACUAGAAUCCUGAAUUUUUCCAAGUGGAUCAAACAUACUUGAUUCUGUGAUGCUGGCAAAUCUCAGAUAGGUGGCUUUGGAUAAAUAGAGUAAUUGGUGGUGGAGUACUUUUAUAGAAUAAAUCUCAAGGAACAUUAUUUUUUCCCCCAAUAAGCUUCCACAUCUAAGGAAUGUUUUAAAUGUUGGAAGAAUCAUAAAGAUCUGCUACAAAUGGAUGGUGAUGGUUUAUUGAAAUUUUCCAUCAGCUUUUGUCUAGUUGCAUAUAUUAUGUUCCCGCUAGCAAAUAUGAAAAUAACUUAAUAGAGUCACGUGGAUCCUAUUAAAUUCAUAUGAUAUGUUAGGAAUUGUAUGCCAUUCAACCAAAACAUCAAGUGUAUGAAAUGUGAAGGAGGGUAUAUUUUUAUUAAGUGGAAAAAGUGAGCGUUUGUUGGUUA